CAUUGCACCGUGGCAAGAUGGCGGAUGAAUUUGCAGUUGUUACGGAGAAGUAUGGAUCGGGCAGCGGAGAGAGAAAAUAUAGAUUUUCUGCAGAAAGUGGAAAUAUAGAAAGAAUAGGAAGGAAGAGAGAUACUCUAGCUACCUCAGUGAGGCAGUUUUUCAAGUGUGCCUUUCUCCCACAAGGCUACCCAGACAGUGUCAGCAAAGAUUACUUGGAAUACCAAAUAUGGGAUACCAUGCAGGCAUUUUGUUCUUCAAUAACUGGUACCCUUGCCACACAAGCCAUGUUAAAGGGCUAUGGUGUUGGUGAUGAAAAAGCUACAGCCCUUGCAGCAACUAUAACAUGGAUUUUAAGAAGUGGGACAGGCAUGAUAGGAAGUAUUCUUUUUGCAUGGUUCCAAGGGAGUAAUUUGGAUUGCAAUGCAAAGAAAUGGAGAUUGUUUGCUGAUAUUCUGAAUGACACGUCAAUCCUGAUAGAGAUGUUGGCUCCAUUAUUUAAAACAUAUUUCACUUUUCUGGCAUGUUUAUCAAGUAUAUCAAAGUCCAUAGUGGGCGUGGCAGGAGGUGCCACAAGAGCUGCUAUGACUCAGCACCAGGCUAGAAGGGACAACAUGGCUGAUGUUGCUGCUAAAGAUGGAAGCCAGGAGACUUUAGUAAAUCUGAUGGCACUUAUAGCUGGUCUGAUCAUCACACCUUUGGUCUCAGGGAAUCCUCUCCUCACUUGGACUCUGUUUUUCAUCUUCACAUUUCUACACCUUUAUGCAAAUUUCCGAGCUGUGUCGUCUGUUGUCAUGGAAACAGUCAGUCUGCCUCGCCUGCACCUUCUCGUCACUGAGUUCCUGUCAACAGGGCACAUAAUGACUCCAAAGGAAGUGGGUGGCGGGGAACCUGUUAUAUUUGGUCGUAGUACAGGGGAAUGUCUGAGAAUUCAUUUAGGGACAGAAAUUGUUUCCGUCAUAAAUAGUGUUAGUGAUCUUGAUGCUGCAUUACCAAACUCUGAGAGCACUCUGUAUAUUAUGAAACUAACAUUAAAUCAAAGAAGAAAUUCAGGUGCUGUUCAUGUGGUGUUACACGAAGAUUCCAAUGCUAAAGAUCAUCUUCAGAGCUGUUUUCAAGCCUGUUCUCUUGAUUUUGUUAUACGCACAAAACCACAGAUCAAAAAGGUUUUUAGUGACUUAGAUGGAGGUCAAAGAGCAUUGGAGGCCCUACAUAAUUUUUGGUGGCGGGAAAGAAACCAGCUGUCUGAUUGCUCUUGGGACUUAGUAGCACUAGCCCAUAAUUUUACUUUGCAGGAAUUCCCAGCAUUCCUUAAGGGCCUUGAAGAGGCUGGCUGGGUAACCUCACGCACACAUCUUGGCCCAGAUGAAUGGCGGGCUGUUUGGAAUGUGAAGGGAAUGAAAAUUAAGAAAAGUCUCUAAAAAAUAGUUACAAUUAUUUUCAAAUUGGUGAUAGCAGAUCUAGUGUUAUUGUAUAUUAGAAAAAAAAUUAAUUGCUGUAUCUCUGUGCAUGUAGAUAAAAAAGUUUGUGAGCUAGUAAUGUGUAUUAUAAGUGGUUCAAAAUUUAAUGGACAGCUCUAUAUGGCUUAUCGUUUUCAUUAUGGAAAUAAAAUAAAGAUAUUAAAUAGUUUUACCCUUAUGGUGAAGUUUAUGAUUAUUUUAUGGAUGCUGUGGUGUUUUUGUGUUUGAGGAAUCUUUGCUGUCAAUUAUUACCAACGGUAUACCAGACCUAAACAAAUGAAAGUAAAAAUAUUGGGUUCUAGGUAAUAAGUCUUUGCUUUGGUUGACGGGCUGGAGAUACGUGAUACGGGAAACGGGACACUUUUCGGGGACAGAGUGGGACAAACACUGUCUCGUUCCAGGCUCUUCGGAAGAGUUUGUUUUGAAAAGAACAUGGCCGUUUAAGGGUUGAUUUGACAACUCUGAAUAGAGCGCUUCUCCGCGUGAAAUACAAACACAGAAGAGAUAAAAUCCUAAUAUUCUUGGGAGAAAGGCACCGGUUCUUUAGGCGAUCCGCUAAGAAGCAACGAUAAAUGGGGGUGGAAGCGUUCGUAAACGCAAAGCGGGAAAUCGAGGCAAGAUGGUGGUUACAAGGAACAGAUUAAACGGGGAGAAAGUGAGAGAAUCUUUACAUUGUCUCAAUCUAGAAGAGGAACCAGGUGAGAUGAAAAGGAACAAAUUUUCUGGUGAGGGGCCAUCCUUAAUAGUUUUGUUGCACGAUUUUGCAUUCCCAGUCGGUGCUCAUGGAAUUAGGGUACAAAUCCAUAAUAGUGAAUGUUCGAAUUCUCAAGAUGUGAAGGAGCAAUGGAAAACUCAACGAGAAGAGACAAUUGAUGUGACAGAAAAUAAAAUUACUUCAGCUGAAUGUGAUGGGUUUGAAUUUCGUCCAGCUUCGUUGUCUACUCGCUCAGAAAUAGAACAAGAUAACAGAGCUUUUGAGAGUUGCACUUCCGUCUCCAAAGCAAGUCUGACAGAGACGUGCCCCAAGAGGAAACUACAAGGUGAUGAAAAACAGACCAGAGUUAAAAAUUUAAAGGGAUCAUCAUCAAGAUUCAAGUGGGAAAUGCUAGGGCAGUUGAGCACUAUGUCAAAUGUACAAUUUUCAGAUACUCAUCUAACAAUCAACACUGAACACAACUCACCCUCCCCUCCCAACAGUCCUUUGUAUGAUAUGCCACGCCCCUCCACUCCAGCACAGAAGCAGGCAAGAAGGGCAAAACGCCAGCUUCAAUUAGAAAGAUGGGAAAAGUAUGAUGUGUCAAGAUCAAGACAGGAGCGAUAUAAAAGAAGGAAUCAAGAAAUAGCAGAAACAACCUUGUCUCUAGAUUCUAGACAUAUUCAGUGGAGCCAUGAUUUAGUGCAGACUGUCUACAUUGAUGAUGAAUCUGAGUGAAGGGAAGACAGGCUCAGUUUCAGAUUUACUUCUGCCUUAGCUAGUCACACUAUUUGAAGAAAGCAUACCUCUGUGGGUCAUUUGACCAACUGUACACUGUACCUGCAAUAUUUUUCAGGUCUGUAUGGGCACCAAGCAGUUUAAAGUUCACUUUAAUGUCAAUUUCCUUGUAACUUUGUUCCAUUUGCAUUAAGAUAAUCUCGGAAAACCAAAAAUUUGCUUUUUCAUUCUUCAAGUCAUUGUCAUGCCAGGAAAUAAGUUUAAUUUGGGCAUUACUGUUGAAUUAAUUAGUUUGUCCUUUAUUUUGUGUUCCAUGAUCACAGAUUACUUUGUGUCAGCUUGUCUACAAUGUAGUUGAGUUCAGAGAAAAUAAAGACUUUGUUUUGUUAAUGAGACAACUGCUAUUGGCUCAUUUGAUUGUUCAAUUGAGAGGCUGUUUGUGUCAUGAAACAGAACAAGCUAUAUAAUGAGUCAA